AUGAGGGACGGCCUAUGUCGGUCUACUUUGAAGAGAGCUCGGUCCUUGGAAGAGCUCAGCCCCGUAUCUUCUGCUGCCUCGGCUGGGACGGGGAGAGUUGACGAUAUGGAAGAGGCACCUUUGAGGAAGCGGCGUAGGACCAGUAGUCUAUGCUCUGAGCACUCUGCACUGGAGGAGGCUGAGCAGCUCACAGAUGAAGGGCAGAUCCAUCUGGGGGUACCAAUACGAGAGGAUGUUGGAGGGAUGAGAAGAGACGAAGAGGAAGCUUCUUUCGAGUCGCCGCUAAGUCAGGUCACGAGACCUUCGUUCCUAGCAGUGUUGUCGUCCUCGGAGGAAGCUACUCGACCGGCAUUAGAUACUGUGAUGGAGGGAGACGAGAUUGACGUAUGGCUCACGCACGGUCUGCCUGGCUCCACUCACUUCGAUCAGGUCCACGCUGCACAAUCUUCACAUUCACAAGUGUCCGAGUCCUCGCCAUCAGUGAUGUCUCUGGGCUCCGAGACUUCGGAAGCGAGCACACCGGUUGAGGGUUCCGAAUCGGAGGAGGAGAGCGCGGGCAUUGGGGAAGCUGUCGAGGCACUUGAGGGGAACUCUGAGCAGUCCUCAACGAGAUCGACUGAUGAGGAAGUGUUGAUGGAAGAAGUUGAGGUCCACGGAGGGGAGGAGCAUUCUGAGGAGGCAGAAGUGAUGGAAGACGAAUCUGAAAUGCAGGAGCUAGAUAUGGAUAAUGCAGAGUUGUUGCCCGCACAUGAGAGCGAGAUCGGGAAACCUGAUGCGACACACGAUGAAGAAUACAGUGACGGGGAGGAGGAGGAAGAGGAGGAGGGGGCCAAAACGCCUACAGCUGAUUCCCUGUUGGAGUACAAGGCUGUUGAAGACACCAAUCUUAUUGAGUCCUCAUCCGAGUCGUUGCAGUUCUCGCCUGAUGAGGAGGUAGAGAGCCCUCUGGGCAGCGGGCCGAUCGAAUGGGAUCAUAGUCCGACCUCUUCGGGCGGACUACCACAAUUGGAUGAACCCUCUUCUCAACAAAGUCAAAGUGAGGAGCUUGAAAUACUGGGAAGUGAGCCGGCUGAGGAUGAGGCGAAUGAUGAGGGAUCUACGGCCGAGGAGCAUUAUGAUCAUGAGGGAAGGGUCGAAGAGCGAAGCGGAGUCCUCGAUGAUGCUGGAGGCGAUCGAGAGGCUGUAGACGCAAUGGAACCGCCGCCGAUCCCAAUGUCUGCCACUGGCCGGCCUCUACGACGAGCAGCAAUCGCCGCAUUGGAAGAGAUACAUGCGGAAGCUGCAUCCAACACUCGGCCUCACCACUUUCACUCUGCUUCUGACGCUGCGGACUUUCAAGAUGAACACGGUCAGAUGGCUGAGGAGGAAUAUUCCCCCAUGAAGACCAGUCCGAGGAGGCGAAGUCCCAGAAAGGGAAAUAAGGCAGAAGCAUCGACUGAAUCCGUUAGUAUGGCGAUGAACCCAUCGUCGGCUGGGGUGGUGUCCAUGAUGUCGAGUGAGGAUAAGGAGGCUUCAGUACAGAGUCCAACAGGGUCUGCCCUGGCAAAUGAAGGCUCUAUAGUUGAAGACCUCUCCUCGCUUCCGGCAUCUAGUGUGCAAUCAGUGCCUGUUACACCGGCACCUAGACGAACUCCACGAGGUGGAGGACGAUUGACGCAGAUCUCAUGCUCGCCGACUGUUCGACGAACUACGAGAGCAAGUGCACUAGAGGCAAUGGAUAGGAUCCACUCGAUAGCUGUUGGUCGAGAUGUGGCGCAUGCAUCGGAGUCAGGUGGAACUAGCGAUGGAGACCGUAUGGAAGCUGCUACUGCACUUCUUGAGGCGAUAGGAGAAGACCAUGCCCGUGCGGCAAGAGAGAGGUCCUCAAGAGAGAGCCCACCUAGCAAGUCGAUGAAGUCUCGUGAUUUGCACGUACCGCCAUCGAUUGAUCCUCCUAUCCACCGUCCAGUAACAGCAGAGAAAGGGGAUAAUGAAAGCCUGGCGUCAUCCUCGGUACGCGGUGAUGUUGAGAAGGACGUGGAGGGUCUUCCGAAGAUAAGACACUCAGCACGCUUGCAGGCAAAAGCUCAAGCUGACAGUUCUGCUCCGUCCUCGUCGAAUACAUCUCCAGAGAGGCGGAGGAAGAGUCGAUCAUCGGCCACAUCCUCCAGCGCUACUUCUGAAGUCACACCGACUAAAGCCCGGAAGCGUCCGGCCUCUACUGUUGCCGCGAAGUCCAAGACGAAGUCAAAAAGAGGAAGGCUUGCGGCCAUUCCGGAGGAGCCACAGACCACGAAACGGCCUACGGGACGAGGAGGUCGAAAUGCGGGAUGA